UGUUACUCAUUGCCUGUCAUGCACUUAUCCUGCACCUCCUAUGUUAACUCCCUGCAUCUUUUUUUACUCCGUCUGUAUCUCUCUUUCACACUCUCCCCCUCUCUCUAUACAUUGUAAAGCGUGACUAGAAAAAUCAACCAACCAACCAACAUUUAUAUUGGUUAUUAUUAGAGAUUAAAUACAUAUAAAAUAUUACAUAAACAAUAAUUAAAAUAUAUCCGCCACUGAGUGUAGCUUCUGUAAUUCACUAGCAACGAAAUGGAAACAGUUCGAAUUUGAAAUUAAUAUCGGUUCGAUGUUACCAUAAAUCUAAUAAUUUCCUUUGUUCUUUUGUAUCUUGCUAGCGGUUUCUUUUCAGUAUAUAAUGUAUAAUUAAAUUACUUCGAAAGUGCUAAAUUUUGAUGCACAUGGAAGAUCGUAUUGAAAGAAAACGGCGAUUGGCACGGGAGAGGAAGGCGAGGCAAAGAAUACGAGAACGAGAAGCACGAAAACUAGCAAGGUGUCAUUCAGAUUUUUCAAAUAUACAACAGGUAAAUCAAAGACAAACAGAGGUAAAAGUUAUCAGUCGCAGAGAAAUUGCCCGACUUCGAACAGCAGAAAGAAGGCGAAGAUUAUCACAAGAAGAACUCAAUGCUCGGCGUGAAUUGGAGAGGCGGAGGAGUGCGGCGAAACGACAACUCGAAACGCAAGAACAAAAACAAGCAAGACUCGAAAAAGAAAGAAUAAGAUUAAGUAAGAAAAGACAAAAUGAAACACAACAGGAAAGAAAAGCUAGAUUGGAGAAAGAAAGGAUAAGAAUGAUUGUGAAAAGACAAAAGGGGACACAGGAAGAAAGAAAGGCGAGAGUCGAAAAACAAAGAAAGCGAUUCAUUACACCAAGGCAUCAAAAUGAAAGUGUAGAGGAUGAACAACGAAAGUUACUUGGGAAUAUAUAUGGGGUUCUGGCAACCGAAGAAAAUGAAGAACAUGGGACCAAUGAAAGACAAAGCAAUGCAACAGUUCAAAGCAACAGAGUCGACAACAAUAGUUUUCAUGAAGAAAGUUUACUGCGUCAUUCAUGUAGGUCUCUGAUAUCUUAUAGCACCAAAUAUUCUUCAUCAGAACGUCCUUCAGAUGAUAGAUUGAGUAACAGCUGCCACGAAGAUAUAACAAUGGAAAAAAAUCCAAGUGGGGAAAGUAAUGGUGUAACAGAAGGAAAUGCUACUUCAAAGGGGUCUCCUAUAGCACCAGAAACUCCCACAAGCACAACUAAGGAAUCUGAUAAUGCAGAAAAUCUCUCAACAACUGAUUCUAGCAAGGUCGCCUCUGUUCCAGCUACUGUCUCAUCAACAUCUUCUGCCAAUUCUUCCCCUUCUACACCACCAGAAAAUUGCAUUCCUUCAGAGGAUACUGCCAGAGAAACUACUGACAAUUCUCCACCAGGUGAUAAAUCUUCAGAAUCAAGCACUAAACUUGGAACAGAUGAUAAAAAAGCUAGUAAUGAAGAAAAGCGACCAGUUGCACUGGGAGCCCUGCCACCUAUCAGAAAAGCGCCAAAUAGUUCAAGCUCAAGUACCAAGUUGGAUGACUCCAAACCAGCUAUUUCAUUAGCAAAAUCGCCUACAGGACCUUCACCUCUGUCAUGUGAGCCACCACCAGAGAAAAAAUUGAAGCUGGAACCCAGUUUAGUGGAGAACAAACUUCCACAUGUCAUAUCCAGCCCAAAAAGGGAAAGAAACACAAGUUUAUCAGCUUCCCAAGAUGGUGUUCAGAAUUUAUCAAUGAAAAUUGAAGCCAAAAUGCGUCAGCGGGAACCUAUGUUCUCUGCACUGAUGAAACCUAAGGAAGGAGAACGUGAUGGAAGUAAUGUGAAACGAGAAGAUGAUGCCUCACCAGUGAAGUCCGAAGACAGUGAGAAAGAAAACUUGGCUAUGGAUAUGCCAGUAGACUUGAGUACAAAACCUCCAUCUUCUCCAGACAUUAUCACUUUGUCAGACGAUUCUGAUGAUGAAAAGAAAGCACUAAAUGGUGCAAAAGAACUUACUGCUGAUGAAAAACGAAUGCGUAAAAAACUAGUCAAAACCCUUCAGGCUGAAUUGCGCAACGAGGAAGCCAAGCUUGUGCUCUUAAAAAAACUACGCCAAAGCCAGUUGUCACACCAGUUGCAGGAACAGAGCAAUGUUGUGGCCAACAAUAAACAACUGUCAAACCGACAACAACAGCAACAGCAGCAGCAGCAACAACAACAACAGCAGCAACAACAGUCAGUACCUCCACCACUGGUGCGUGGCAACCACACCAACAAUCAGCCCCUACAGUCUUCCAAGUCUAAUUCUUCUACACAUCAAUUCAUGAGAGGCUCACAGCAAAUGGCAGCUCAGAUGAGGGCUCAGCAAAUGCAACACCAACAGGGGCCGCCUCCACUUGUGAUGACACCUCGUAUGCACAGCAUGCAAAACAUGCGCACCAACCACAAUCAGAUGUCUAAUUCGAAUAAUAACUUAAUGUCAGGCUUUCGUCCUAUUCACACUCCACCAGUACAAAGCCAACCUCCAGCACCGCCUGCACAACCAGUUGAAACCACGGCACAGAGACAAGCUGCAGCAAAACUGGCCUUGCGCAAGCAGUUGGAGAAGACCCUUCUGCAAAUCCCUCCACCCAAACCACCACCUCCUGAAAUGAACUUUAUACCUAGCCUUGCCAGCAAUGAGUUUAUAAUGCUGCUUGGCCUUGAGGAGGUUGUCAACUACAUUGUUGAUUCUGAUUUGAUAGCAAGGGGAGAGAAGAAUUUGGAUCACAAGAUGAUUUGUAACCCGUUCAGUUGUGUACAAUGUAACACUGAUUUUACUCCGGUCUGGAAACGAGAAAAGCCUGGCUCAAAGAACGUCAUUUGUGAACAGUGUGUGACGUCCAACCAGAAGAAAGCUUUGAAGCAGGAACACACCAACCGUCUAAAGAGUGCAUUUGUGAAGGCUCUACAACAAGAGCAGGAGAUCGAGCGAAUGCAGUCGCAAGGCAUAAACAUGCCAACUACGGUGGCUAAUAAUCUAAAUAUGGGGACCACAGCACCCAUGAAUCUCACAAAUUCUUACAAUAAACCAACCACCGACCAUUUCAGACAUCACCAAACAUUGAUGCAUGCCCACCAGAUGCAGCGACCAAAUCAGCCUAUUGGCUUGCAGCCAUUUACUGCACGUGGACCAUUCCAUUAUCAGUUACCUUUCACAAAACCUGACCUUCAUCGGCAAUAUUUGCUUGACUUGAUCCCACCUAGACCCAGAGGUACUAUGCCAUGGAAAUCUUAAAAACAAGAGUGUGUGUGAAUAUAUAUAUAUAUAUAUAUAUAUAUAUAUAUAUAUAUAUAUAUAUAUAUAUAUAUAUAUAUAUAUAUAUAUAUAUAUAUAGUGAUAGUAAUAAUACACUAAUAAACAAUAUGAUUGGCUAACAAAGCAGGCAAGCAUUUUUUUUUUUCUUUUUAAGUCUUAUCUCUCACCCUUUCUCUGUCACUCUUUAUUUUUAUAUUCCUCCCUCUGCAUGUUCGUGUGUGUAUAUAUAUAUAUAUAUGCAUAUAUAUAUAUAUAUUCGGAACAAGCAAAAUAAGAUAAAAUUAAAAUAAAUGGGGCAUAUUAACCAAAAUUUAGACAAUCAACAAUCAAUGAAAGAAAUGCUAAUAUUUGUUGUGCCAAUUACAUUGACCAAAAGAAUAAGUUCGUUAAAAGUAAGAUUAAAACUAAAUUAGUUAGUAGAGUUGUCAUUUCAUAGAUUUAAAGAAGAAAAAAAAAUUAUGUACAUACACAAACACACAUACAUAUACAGAUAUAUGCAUAUAUUCACUUCUCUCUGUACAUCAAUGUGUGCUGGGUAUACACAGAAUGAUGCUUGUGCCAACUGGGAACUUUAAUAAAAAGAAGAAAAAAAAUCACUUUGUUGCUGAAAAUUUGUAUUUGCAUGUGUGCUUGUGUUUGUAUAUGAGUGUGUGUGUGUUUGUAUGUGUAUGUGUUUUCUAGGAGCCUCUCUGUACCAGGAAACUUUCACAUUCCUGUAGAAUAAAGUCUUAGAGUCUAGCUUCAGAAUGAUCAUAUUGGUUUUGGAUUUCAAAAGCAAAAUUCUUAAUUCAGCAACGAUCUCUCAAAUGUUUUGCUUUACGUUAGAACUAUUUCCCUAGUAACUGAGGAGACAUCCCCUGCCCCAGAACACUCUCAUCUCUUUCCUCUGUCACUCUUUGUCUUUGUUAUUAUAUUUAUGAAAAUUUUGUAUCUUCCUUUUGUACAUUAUUUCCCUCCUUCUUGCACUCCAUCUCUGCCUGUCUCUAUUCCUCCACCAUUUUGCAACUCAUCUUGGAACCACUCGCUCUAAUAGUAACUAGCGUAAGUUUUUGUGCAGAGGGUAUAUUAAAGCUGGUAUAUAUGUGUGUGUGUGCAUGUGCACUUAUCUUUUGAGAAAAAAAAAAUAUAUAUAUAUAAUAUAUAUAUGUUUUAAACAACCAAACUGUAUUAAUUUUCUUAUACUUUAAUCAUAUACAUUGGAUUUUGUACCCCUGUGUUCAAGUGUUAUUUUGUUUCUUUUCACCCUGACAGGAUCUUGUCUUUUACAUUUCUAUAAAACACUAGAAAAUUAGACUUUAGUUUGUAAAGCAGCCACUGGCUAAGAGUUCCAAUGUGAAAGUCUUGUAGCUUCUUGUGGUUGUUGAAUUUGUUUCUCUGCCCACAGUGGUUUACAAUUUAAUAUUUAUUUUGUUUGGGUUUUUUUCCCCACUAUGUUAGUGUAGGUUGAAUAGUUUCUACAAAUUUACACAUUUGCAUGUUGUUGAAGCAAGUGGGUUUAUAUAUAUAUAUAUUUAUAUAUAUUAAAAACUGGAUGCCUCUCUUACUGUCAAUUACUCAGCUGUGAAAUGGCACAUUUUCCUUUUUUCAGCCAAGCAACCCAAGCCAAACCAAACUAAUGUGGUCCAGUAAUGAUCUAGAACCCACUUCUGUUUUCUUUUUCAAAUAUUGUAAGAAAAUAUAACAAAUAUAUUAUUGGGCUUUGGAGUUGCUUUUUCUCUUUCUUGCUGUCAAGAAGUUGGCUGUUGUACUUUUCUAGUGUAACACCGUACUGAGCAUUAACAAACCACACCUGUUUAGACUUUUGUGGAUAAGUUUGGAGUAUUGUUUAAGUCAGUUGCUAGAUAGAAGGAAUUUUAAAAAUAACACUUGGCAGAGCUACAUCAUGUUAAUCCAUUAGAACUUUUCACUAUUAAACCACAUUAUCUUUUUUUUUAUUAAAGAUUGCUUCAGGAACAAACUCAGCAGGUUGAGCAUUUUUUUAAAGUCUUGUGUGAAAUGACAUAGCUCCUGUUAGUUUUUUUUUUUUUGAUAUCUUCAAGCUUAAGCAAAGGUUCCAAGAUUAAAAACAACAAAUAAAAUUUAAUAAACAUUUACAGAUAUAUCAUCAAACUAUAAGGUCUCAUAUCUGAAGUGAUAUCGUUUUCUACCAUCGAUAUUUUUGGAUUUGACGGAGUACAAAAGCAAAAAUACAUGUUGAAUUGUAUUUUUGAGUCAUUAUAAUAAUAAUAAUAAUAAUAAUAGGUUAUUGUUUAUUUCUUAUAUUUUCUUUUACUUCAUAUACUGCCAAGACUUGUGGUUCCAUUAUAUACUGCAAGCAUUUGCACUGCACAAACCAUGCCAUUUUUAUAAUGUGUCCUGUUUCGGUUAAUUCUUCAAUAGCUUCUCUUUCUACAAAAAAAAAGAAAAUAAAUAAAUGUAAAUAUAGUUUUAGUUCUGUCAUUUCUGCAACAGAUGAAAGACACCUCUUCCCAUGUGGUACACAGUGUGGUGGUAAUUAAAAUUGUUUUAUUCCCCACCUCCUUUUUUUAAUGUCAGCUUAGAAAUAAACAUUGAAAGUAUUUCCUCAUCCAUAAUCGCUUGAGGUCCUAAAAUGAAGGAAUGGGGGGACCCACACAAGGAAAGAAAAUGUCUUAAGUUCUCCUCUCCACUUACCUGAGGCACAAAUAGGAAGCAAAACUUAUGCAUGAUACACACACACACACACAGACACACACACACACACAUAUAUAUACACACACCUGAGCCAAUGAAGGAUUUUUAUAUAUGCAUGUGUAUGUUUGUGUGUGUGUGUACAUAUGUAUAUAAAUAUAUAUAUAUAUAUAUAUAUAUAUAUAUAUAUAUAUAUACACAUACAUAUAUAUACACAUACAUGUAUACAUUUAUAUGAGCCACUGAAGGAUAUUUAUAUACAUGUGUGUGUGUCUGUAGAUACAUACUUGAACAAAUGAAGGUUUUACACAUGAAUAUGUAUAUGUACUUGGGUAAAUGAAGGAUUUAUAAUCGCACAUUAUGUGUGUGUGUGUGUAUAUAUAAAUAUAUAUAUAUACACACACAUGUCAUGCAGACAUGUGUUUGUGAAUAUAUGUGUGUGUGUGUCUGUGUAUAGUCCACUUGUUUGUUUUUUUUUUUUUUGACAUGGUAAGCAGAAAUUACUUUCUUAAUGUCAUGCUCACAGACACUUUUUACCUGAUUCCUAGUUUAAAAUAUUUCCAUGAAGCACAGGUCUUUGUUUUAACUGACUGUGGAUAUUCUUGGGUGGUGACACUGGACUUUUCACUCCUCCAUGUCUUAAUUCUUUGAAAUGUGUAAUUCUGUUUAUCAGAUUCUCAUAACAUAGCCUGUAGAUUGUCGAACUGAAGAAGAAAAAGAAGAAAUGAAAAUUGUGAAGUUUU